AUGGCAGUGGCUGGUAAAAGUAUUAUGGAGCAUAACGAGAUUUUGGGGAUGGACGCUGCGUUGAAAUUCAUCAACCAAAGCGUUGCAUACGUCUCGUAUUUUACUCUUCAGGAUAUCUUGGACAUUCAUAGUCAUGUUCUUGGUUUUGUCGAUCCGGAAGUAGCAGGUGUAUUUCGCAAAAGUCAGGUGUUUGUGAGUAGUUUCACAACCGUUCCGGCAAACAUGGUACCAGGAGAAAUGGAGGAAAUGGUGAAAUGGUUGAAUGAGGAGGACAGUUUAUUGCUGGAUCCAAUAGAACGUGCCGCUAUUGCUCAUUAUAAGCUGGUUUCGAUACAUCCAUUCAUUGAUGGUAACGGUCGUACUGCACGAUUGUUAAUGAAUCUGAUUUUGAUGCAGAGCGGUUUUCCCCCAGUUAUAAUACCAGUUGAGGCCCGUUCUGAUUAUUAUGAUACUCUCAAUGCCGCGAACCGUGGGAAUCUUCGUCCAUUUAUUCGCUUUAUUGGACGUCAAACAGAUGCCACCUUGCAAUUGUAUAUUAAUUCUGCAACCACAUGUGAUUAUCGAGAAGGAUCUGGUGAGUGUAGUAUAUCAACAGCUCCUAAAAUCUCUGCACAGCAGGAAGAAACAUGGUGA